AUGUCUGCGCGGAAGGUCCCUCCGCCCAGCCAGCCCACCAGUCUUGGCCCACCAGAGGCCGCGAUUGCCGGGCGAACCGCCGGGAAGGUUCUGAUUCCCCGGGAUCGAUCGAGGAUCGUGGCUAGCCCGCAGAUACGUACUUCUCGUGCUUGUGAUCUUUGUCGGCAGCGUAAGGCCAAAUGCAAUGGGGCAAAACCGACAUGUACCCAGUGCGAGAAGUUCGGGACCGAAUGCAGGUACUCAGAGCAAAAGCGGACCCAGGAGAAAAGAGAACUUGACAUGUUGCGGGCAGCUAUCAAGCGGCACGAGCGGAUGCUGCAACUUCUGUCGCUUCGCCCGUCCGGCGCUGCAGUUUCCACCAGUAGAGAGGAUCCAUAUGUUGUGGGUUUGCCGCAAACAGAAGGGCUAGCUACCCAGCAAACGCUGUCUGGUAGCCUGGACCGCACGAUGGAACUUCUGCAAAAACAACUCCGUGAGCUGCAUUAUGUGUAUCAAAAUGUCCACGAUUGUGACCCCACAAUUCUUCCGGCUGUGGUGGACACGAUCCGCAGGAGUUCCUCGGUGCACGAGGCAGCCAGUCUACUAAGUCAACAGAUGUCAUCUCAAUCCCCGGGAAUAACCCUGGAGAGGAUGCAGAGGUCGUGGCUGACACGCCUAUCGGGGAAACCAGAGCUGGUGAACCGAACACCCCCAUACAGCGUGAAUGCUGCAGAACGCUGGACGGAUAUUGUUGAUAACGCGGCCACUUCGCAUCUCUUUUCUUUCUUCUUCGUUUGGGAUAACCCAACAUGGCAUAUCGUUGACCCGGUGUCAUUCUUGGGUGAUUUCCAGCGUGGAGGGACACACUUCUGCUCGUCACUCUUAGUCCAUACUAUUCUUUUUUAUGCGUGUCACCUUUCAUACGACUUUGAAAAGCCAUGGGACCGGCGCAUGGAGAUGUCUACCGCCAGACGACUUCUGCGGGAAGUGGAACGCCUGUGGCAAUGCGAUAAGAUGAACAUCUCUCUUCCCACCAUGCAGGCAGCCCUUCUAUUAGGGAUAUUCUUCUGUGCUUCUGGUAAAGACAAGAUCGGUGUUCAGUAUAUCCGGUAUGGCGCACAGAUGGGGUUGCAGCUGGGCUUGCAUACCUCGUCGCCUGAGACAGGCCAAACCAAUCCAGCAGAGGCAGCUCGCAUUAGGCGAGCUCACAAACUCAUAGCUAGUGCGGUCUAUGAGGUGCAAACUCUGUCUUUGCAAUUGGCAAGGAUACCGUCAGUAUGGCCGGGGCCGUCAGAGCUUUUCUUAUCUAAAGAAGAGGCAACGGCGGCGGAUGUCAAUCAACAGUGGUCACCAUACCCAUUCACCUAUCCUGUUUACAAGCCCUUCUUCCAUACGGGCCUAUGGAGCAGACGGGACCUAUUUGUUAUUAUUAAUGAUGUGGGGGAUUUGCAGCGGCAGCUCAGUGGACAAAUAGAUCUGUCUGGAUGGCAGCAGGGUGCUGUACUGUAUCAGAGACUUAUAAGUCUCGAGAGGAAUCUUCCUGCUGUCCUUCGGGUACAGCGGAAUAGGACUCCCCACAAUCUGUGUUUUCACAUGUAUUACCACAUCACAACAGUCAACCUCUGCGGGAUUUUCGUGACCCGUAGUAGCACCGGACUGACAGAAGAGCUGAUACGAUCCACUAAAUUUGAUCCACAGAGAAUACUAGGCGAAGCGAUGGACUCGAUUGCGACAUUAAUAUUGCUCUAUCGGGUGUCCCAUGGCUGGAAAUCCAUCCCAGUAAUGAUGGUUCACUACUUUAUGGUGGCAGGUGUACACGCAGCCUCGCACUUGGAGUCGUCAAAGUGGCGCGAAGUGUUGGUCAGCUGUGUCUCUGGUCUCUGGCAUAUGGGCCUGGUUUGGAGGAUUUGUCGACCAUUCUUGCGGACCAUCCAACUAGUACUCCAAAGCAAGGACGAGACCUUAAUCCCCAUCGAAGCAGUGUCAAUAUUGAAGGAAUUCAACGAGAGGGUGUGGAAUCAGAACGAGGUAAAAGCGCUGGCCGCCAACUACGUGGUGCAACACCAUCCCAGUCAGACACUUGCGCUGGACCACGACAAAAACUUCCAGGGAAAAGGCCUCGAGAGCUUGAUACGAGACUUCGAAAAACUGAGCACGGAUGAUUAA